GAAAAACAAAGCUGUCUCUAAAGUCAGUGACAUGUCCAGGGGUUGUAAUAGAACAGAUAAGGGCGAUGACAAGGUCGACCUGUGUGGCCGGGGGAGCUGGUGGAUGGGAACACUGAAAGACACACCCAUCCCAGGUGUCUAUCACAUUCGCGACUUCAUCGAAGAAGCUGAACUAAACCCAGUGAAAAAGACCUACGGGUUCAAAGGCGUGGGCAGAAAAGCCCACACUCUGGGCGUACGUGGGAAUUUGCUUCUGCCCGGGGCGUAUGACUACACUGACUCCAUCCAGGAGGUCCUGAUGCACCAAGCGUCCUACUCUUUCAAAAACUGUCCACGGCCCAACAUCGUCACCCUGGGCAUCAGGGACAAGCAUAUAAACACUUCACCGUUCGACUACGUUGUGACAGAAAAACCAGUGGAGAAGAUUCCCUGCAAGCAUGUGAUGUUUCGGUCGACCGUGCAGCGGAUCAGCUUUCCUCCUAAGGAGGGACCUGCUCCAUGCCACUACAACCCCCAGACCAGACCAGGAAAAGGCAUCACUUCCAGCUUUAAAUCCACAUUGCCGCGGCUCCACUGCGUGCACUCUAAGACCCCAGGACCAGGGGCUUAUGAACCUUGCUGGAAGUUGGGCGACCGUCUGAACACAGAGGCCACAGACCCAUCAUUUAGCUUAUUCUUCCGCAACAUUCUCUAGUGUGCGGAAUUUAAUUCCCACAAUGCCUUGA